ACAUGAACAAACAUAAUCCCCGGUUGGUUUUUCCCAUUAUAUUUUUUUCUAGCUCAGAAAUUAAUAUAGUGUGAGUUCACCUAAGUUGGAGACUCGCGGACUUAACAGGCGCCUUCCCGGGGAGUCCGGAAAUACGGAGGGCUGUCAAAAUCCACAUUUCCAAAGUCCACAGUGGGUUUUCUAUAGACCUACUGCACAUAGCCUGUAUUUGCCAAUAUUAGAAAACUUUGUAGUUAGUUACAGGGCCAGAAAUUUCGGUUCAUCUCCACGAAAACAGCGCGCUCAGAGAUCCGACGUGGUGACGGUGAUAACGUCAUUGGUAAUUCAUUUGUGUGUCACGCGCUGUCAGUCAUAUGUCAGCUGUCAGUGCAGCAGACAGAAACGUUCAACCUUUUAAUAACUUGGGAUUACUUAUUGUCAUGGAAGUAAUACUCGGUGUUGUUUUUAUACUUUUGGCUACUCUUCGCGAUGCUGAUGGUAGCCUGCGCUUCGCUUCCUACUACAGAGACCACAUGGUGCUGCAGAAGAGUCCAGAGAAAGCUGUUCUGUGGGGCUAUGGUCCUGAGGGUGCACAGGUCACAGUCUUUUUGUCAGGACCAAUACACCAAAAAAUUUCACCAGUCAAUGUGACAAAAGGUAUCUGGCGAGUCACCCUUUACCCUGUUGAUGUUGCUGGUCCCUUUAAUGUGACAGCACUUGCGCAGAACAGCAUAGUCACUCUGACAGAUGUGCUGUUUGGAGAUGUUUGGCUGUGUGGAGGACAGAGCAACAUGUACUUUAAAACAUCUCAGAUUUUCAAUGCAUCUGAGGAGCUGGCCCUUGCAGCCAAGUAUCCUCAUGUUAGGACCUUUAUGGCAGCCUUGAAUCAGAGUGGUACGGAGCUGAUUGAUCUGAUUCAAGUAGAACUUCCCUGGUCUGUGCCCACAGAAAAAAUUCUGGCAGAGUUUUCUGCAGUGUGCUGGCUCUUUGGACGUUACAUGUUUGACAAACUGAAGUACCCCAUAGGACUGGUGGAGUCCUGUUGGGGAGGCACAGCUGUGGAAUGCUGGUCAUCUUCAAGAGCACUGAAGCAGUGUGGACUAGAGCCAACUGGAGACAAUACUCUGACAGACAAUUCUAUCUUGUGGAAUGCAAUGAUCCACCCACUACUCAACAUGACCCUCAAAGGAGCCAUCUGGUACCAAGGUGAGGCAAAUGCAGGCUAUCAUCAGGACAAGUACAACUGUUCCUUCCCUGCUAUGAUUGAUGACUGGAGGAUGGCUUUUCACCAGGGCUCAGGGGGGCAGACAGCUUUGGACUUCCCCUUUGGAUUUGUCCAGCUGUCCACUAACAUAAAAGGCUUCACAAAUGACGGCUUUCCAGACGUCCGCUGGCACCAGACAGCAGACUUUGGCUAUGUCCCAAAUCUCAGGAUGAAGCGAACCUUCAUGGCUGUGGCUAUGGAUUUACCAGAUGAAACCUCACCAUUUGGCACGAUUCAUCCCCGAGACAAGCAGGAUGUGGCCUACAGACUGACACUGGGGGCAAGAGCAGUGGCUUAUGAUGAAGAGGAUGUGCCUUUCCAGGGACCUUUUCCCAAAAAAAUCAUAUCCACGCAAACGUAUUUUAACAUCAUCUAUGACCAGGAAGUCUCUGUCACACCGUCUAAAGACAUCUUUGAGAUCUGUUGCUCAGAGAUUGAAGCUCCAUGUGGACCUACGUCUCACUGGGUUCCAGCUCCCAUCAUGCAGUGGGGUCUGAAGACUAUCCAGUUAUCUACCAUUAUGUGUUCAACAACACAAGUAGAUGCCCUUCGAUACGCAUGGAGAGACUGGCCCUGCGACUUUAAAGCCUGUCCAGUCUAUAGCGCAAGUGGGGUUUUACCUGCUCCUCCUUUUAUUGUCAACCGCUAUCCAGUCAAAGGAAUGGUAUGAAAAAGCUACUGAACCAGAAA